GAACAUCUCGGAAACUCCUCUGCUUUUUUUACACAUCUGCUAUAAAAGUACCAUGGGGAAUUCAACUGAAAUACUGUUUAUUCUACAAGGACUGCACGAGACAGUGUCAAGUAAACACACAUACUUUAUCCUCAUUCUUCUUGUUUACCUUUUUACUGUUUUAGCGAACCUGACUUUGAUUGUGACAAUUAUUUUGGAGAAAACGCUCCAUGAGCCCAUGCUCAUAUUCGUGUGUAACUUGUGUGUAAAUGGUAUACUUGGUGCCUCUAUAUUUUAUCCUAAAAUAUUGGUGGACCUUUCAUCUGACUUCAGUGUUACUUCGUAUGAAGCUUGUCUGUGUCAAAUUUUUUUCUUAUACACCUACGUAUUCUGCGAAUAUACUACGUUAGCAAUAAUGGCUUAUGACAGGUAUAUCGCAAUAUGCAAGCCGCUGAAUUACCACUCCAUCAUCACGCCUCGGAAGGUGAUGCAAUUGCUGCUUUUCACCUGGCUUUCAUCCAUCUGUGAAUCAGUUGUUGUCGCGGCCCUGGUAGCCAGACUGCCCCUCUGUGGAUUCAAAAUCGAAAAAAUUUACUGCACAGCUUGGGCCGUGGUAAAGCUGUCAUGCGUGGACACCACUAUCAACAACAUAUACGGGUACAUUCUCAUUGUUUUUCACGUUUCAGAAGCAGUUCUGAUCGUGAUUUCCUAUAUUCAUAUCGUCAGAGCAUGUGUGCGAUCGCCGAAAGAACGGAGUAAAUUCAUGCAGACCUGUUUGCCCCAUUUAAUCGCACUGACCAACAACUUCGUCGCACUGGGUUUUGACCUCAUGUACACGCGCUAUGGUCCCACCGACCGUCUGCAGGCUCUCCGCAAUUUCAUGUCCCUGGACUACCUCAUUAUUCCACCGCUCCUAAAUCCCCUAAUCUAUGGCCUGAGACUGAACCAGAUCCGCCGGAAAGUCUUUAGAAUAUGCAGCCAGAAACGACAUGCUCUGAAGUGAAUGUUUGUACUUUGUUCAGGCAGGAAAUGCAACACCCGCCCUUACAAAUGUUUUCCUAAAAAUAACAACAGGACACAUUUUUUUCUCUGAACAGAGGAACAAAAGGAUUACAAAAUGCAGCACAGUUUUAGAUAUUACCGGAAGUAAUAUCAUCCUAUCUUGGUAUAGUGGCCUUGUUCGGUUUACGUGAUUUUUUUAGUUUCACGCAAAACAUCGUGGAGGAUGGGUUGUGUUGCCUUGUGUAUGGAAACUUAUGGUACAUUCGGAGCUGGAAAACCCAGACAGAUGUAAACUGGAAUGAGUCCUGAGACUGUUGAGACUGCUAUUUAUACUCAAGAGAGUAAAAAAU